AUUUUGAUUGCAAAGACACUAGAGAUAGUCGUAUGUAAUAUUACGGAGCAUUAACUUCGUAUUACCGCCUCUGGCCCAGUGACAGCUGGGACUGGCUCCAGCCCCCUGGUGACGCUCCUCGGGGUCAGCGGAUGAAGGAUGGAGCUCUGUAUCAACUUUGUUGCCAUGGUUACAUGUUAACACAGAACCGCUGUCGUGGCAGAUCGGGACGACAAUAGGUGUGGGUUAGCGUAACCUCUCUUUUGUGUUUGGUUUCAGUUACUUGGCCAUAAAUAGUUUUCCAAAAAUGUCAGCAGCACCUGCUCAGCGAGUAUUUUUCGGCAGCUCUCAGGAGAGGAAACUCUUUCCGCUCCAUUAUGCGCCAGACCGACUGGGAAACCAAAUGUCGAGACACACAGCUCCACACCUCGGCCCUGGCCGCUAUGACAACCACGAGUUUGGCACCAUAGUGUAUGACUUAAAGAAGACGCCGGGGAGUAACAAAGGUUACAGCCUGUCUGCGAGGACUGCCGCACGCUUUCCGCCUUGCAGCAAGACUGUGGCCCCUUCACCGCAGCAGUACCAGCAGGAUCAAAGCCAGUCCAGAAUCCCCCCUCCUGGCAAGACACCUUUCAACUCAAGUGCACAGAGGUUCAAAAGAACGUCAUCUACAGCUGAGCACAAUCCAGGCCCCGGGACCUACACUCAUGAUGUAGUGACAACCAGGAAGGUGAGCUGGCCUAUGCGCUUUGGGAGGCCAGACUGGUCCAGGCUGCCUCAUCAGGAGAAGUCGUCACUCAGGGUGAAGGUGAACAGUGAGAAGGAGUUCCUGAAGCAGAGGAGCAGAGUGGCCUACCUGAGUCUGUACUAUUAACUCUGAAGCUGGUGGUCGGAAACCCAUCAUGCCACCAACACAGGAAUGUCAUUCUUCUUAUUUUCCUACGCUCUGUCAACAGUGGCGUGAACAAUCACAGACUAAAACCGAUGUCAAAAAAGUUUUAUAUCUCAGAGUUUACAAAAAGAAACUUAGCUUUCUUUAUUUACAAAGAGCAGAUUACUGUGUCUGUAUAUUACAGCAUGAUGUUGUUUACAAAAAGUGAGUGCUUGCUGAAAAAAAAAAAAACCCAACAGAAAAAAGUUCUCUUCA